UUACAAUGGUUGACACAGAAAUGCCGUUUUGGCCCAUUAAUUUUGGAAUUAGUCCAGUGGAUCUGUCUGCCAUGGAUGAUCAUACACACUCCUUUGACAUAAAGCCCUUCACCACUGUUGACUUCUCAAGCAUUUCUUCGCCGCACUAUGAAGAUAUUCCUCUGGCAAGAACUGAUCAGACAAGCAUUGAUUACAAAUAUGAUAUCAAGCUCCAGGAUUGCCAAAGUGCAAUCAAAAUGGAGCCUCCUUCCCCACCCUAUUUUUCAGAAAAAGUUCAGUUGUACAACAAACCUCACGAGGAGUCUUCCAACUCCCUGAUGGCGAUCGAGUGCCGCGUGUGUGGGGACAAGGCCUCUGGGUUCCACUAUGGUGUCCACGCCUGUGAGGGCUGCAAGGGCUUUUUUCGAAGGACAAUCAGGUUGAAGCUGAUCUAUGACAGGUGUGAUCUGAAUUGCCGCAUCCACAAGAAAAGCAGGAAUAAAUGUCAAUACUGCAGGUUCCAGAAAUGCCUGGCUGUUGGGAUGUCACAUAAUGCCAUCAGGUUUGGGCGAAUGCCACAGGCAGAGAAGGAGAAGCUCUUGGCAGAGAUUUCCAGCGACAUCGACCAGUUAAACCCCGAAUCUGCGGAUCUGCGGGCGCUGGCCAAGCACCUGUAUGACUCCUACAUCAAGUCCUUCCCUCUCACCAAAGCCAAGGCGAGGGCCAUCCUGACAGGAAAGACGACAGACAAAUCACCAUUUGUUAUUUAUGACAUGAACUCUCUGAUGAUGGGAGAAGAUCAGAUCAAGUGCAAGCACGUGUCCCCGCUGCAGGAGGAGAACAAAGAGGUGGCCAUUCGCAUCUUCCAGCGGUGCCAGUUCCGCUCCGUGGAGGCAGUGCAGGAGAUCACAGAAUUUGCCAAGAACAUUCCAGGUUUUGUGAAUCUUGACCUGAAUGAUCAAGUGACUCUCCUGAAAUACGGGGUCCACGAGAUCAUAUACACGCUCCUGGCUUCUCUGAUGAAUAAAGACGGAGUUCUUAUAUCUGAUGGACAAGGCUUCAUGACACGGGAGUUCCUGAAGAGCCUGAGAAAACCUUUUUGUGACUUUAUGGAGCCCAAGUUUGAGUUUGCUGUGAAGUUCAAUGCACUGGAAUUAGAUGACAGUGACCUGGCAAUAUUUAUAGCUGUCAUUAUACUAAGUGGAGAUCGCCCGGGUUUGUUAAACGUGAAGCCCAUUGAAGAUAUUCAAGACAAUCUGUUGCAAGCUUUGGAGCUCCAGCUAAAGCUGAACCAUCCAGAGUCGUCGCAGCUGUUUGCAAAGUUGCUGCAGAAAAUGACGGACCUCAGACAGAUUGUAACAGAACAUGUGCAGCUCUUGCAGAUAAUAAAGAAAACGGAGACAGACAUGAGCCUUCAUCCACUCCUACAAGAAAUCUACAAAGACUUAUAUUAAUGACCAUAGUUCUGAUCCCCUGACACAAUGUAUGUUCUUCAGAUUGCACUAUUUCUUUGAGGGAAAACUUCGCAUACCUAAGAAAUUACUGUGAAACAGCAUUUAAAAAGAGAGAGCUUAGUAUAGUAGAUCUAUUUUAUGCAUAUUGUUUAUAAAGACACAUUUACAAUUUACUUUUAAUAUUAAAAAAUAUCUAUAUCAU